AGAUCCUACAUUUCUCUCUAUAUAAACACUCGUCUCCUAGUUUCUAACAUCACAAAGCAAUCUAAACAAAACACUCAUAGAAACAAAAGCUUAUUAAGACAGCAAAGUUCGAACAUCUCAAGUCUUGUAAUGGCUUUCUCAAAAUCUCUAGGGUUCAUUCUUCUCGCUGCCUUUUUCAUUUCUUUCACGGUGGCUCAAUCUCCGGCUCCAGCUCCAUCUAACGGCGGAGGAAGACGGAUCUCACCGGCGCAUUCACCAGCUGUCUCUCCUUCUCCUCAAACUGCAUUGACUCCAGAAUCAUCUGCCUCUCCUCCAUCGCCGCCUUCGGUGGAUUCUCCUUUAGCUGAUUCUCCUUCUGAUUUAUCAGCUGUUUCUCCCUCUUCGAUCUCUAACUCGCCGGCUCAAGCUCCCGCUCCUGUAAGCGGCGCCGUUUCGAAGAGCUACGCGGUGUUUGGAUCUGUUGCUGUUAUGUUAUCCGCUGCCGUUUUGGCUAUGUAGGUUCGAGGAAUGAGACUUUUUGGUAUUUAUUCAUUUGAGAUAUAUAUGAGCUUUUGCAGAGAGAUGAUUCUUUAUUUUUUUUGUUGUUCUUUUAUUUUUAUUUUAAUCAGAUUACUAUUUGUUUCUCUUUUUUGGCUCCAUCCAUAUUAAUAUAUGAUUUUAUCAGAUUCCAAUACUUUUAUUUAAUAUAUCUAAAUUC